GGCUGGGAGCAGUGCUCUGUUAAUCUCUGCAGUAGCAUUCAUUCUCUUUCAUCAUGGUUGAAAAAUUUGUGGGGACCUGGAGGCUGGUAGACAGCAAGUUUUUUGAUGACUAUAUGAAAGGGCUUGGUGUGGGUUUUGCCACCCGACAGAUUGCAAGUGUUACCAAACCCACAACUAUAAUCAGUUUGGAUGGGGAUUUUGUUGUGAUACAGACCCAGAGCACCUUUAAGAACACGGAAGUCAAGUUUAAACUCAAUGAGGAGUUUGAUGAAACUACAGCAGAUGACAGAAAAACAAAGUCUUUGGUAACUAUAGAAGACGGUAAACUGAAACAAGUUCAGAAAUGGGAUGGGAAAGAGACUACGCUAAUACGAGAAGUAAAUGAUGACAAACUUGUCCUGACUCUUACCCUGGGAGAUAUCGUCAGCACUCGUCACUAUGAAAAAGCCUAAGAAGCUACAUCACCCCAAGUUCAAUGUCGUCUACAAGAUGUCUUCUAACCGUUAAUUAUUUCACUACUUGUUUCCCCAAUUGCCAUCUGGGCUACAACAUCAGUAUUAUGAAUCCUUGAAAGUCUGAUGCACUGACUUAUUACUUGCUCUAAUUUUAUUUGUGCCGCAGUGCCAAAGAUGUCUGUUUUGCAGUUUUUGUAUUCUCAUAGCUGACUACUUUUGGGGGGGGGGAUGGGAUGCAACUCUCUAACACCACUAAACCCAUCACAAAGGGAAGAAUUCACACUUGUUAUACAGGGAUGAUCCUGUAGCAUCACAGUAUUUUGUAUGCCAUUCUCUUUUGCAUUUUAGAGGUGUUUAUUACCUGCCAUUAAUACAUGGUGGAAGCAGGAAAUGUGUGAACCCUGUUUAGUAAUCCUUUCUGUUGCUCAGCUUAGAAAAUGUAGUAUUCAAUUCACAUCUGCACUUUUUAGGUGUGGUUCAUUGAAUGCAUAUUUGCAUAUGUUGGCAUGUAACCUUUGGCAUGCACAUUAAUCGGGCACCAAGCAAGACUUGCUAAUGCACCAUGCCACCAAUGUUGAGGGGGUUGAAGCUGCAUUGAUGAGGCCCAAGUUUCAUUAGGCGAUUGCCUAUGUUUUCAUAUAUAGGAUUUAUACAAUGUUCCAAUCGGCUAUUCUCUCCUACAUUUUGUGUAUGUAUAUAGGAUUUGUACAAGAAGGCAAACAAUCAGUUGGCUAGCUCUCAUAAUCUAUAUUAAUAUUGUAAUUCACCUAAUCUGGCUGGGUUACUGUAUUCUGCACAGCACGUUGGCUCUCAGUGACUUGUCAAAUAAGCCCCUUAACACCAAAUAUUCCCAAAACUCCAACAUUCAGCAACAUUAUUUAGGGUUUGUGGCUGGGUACACUAGUCCAUGAAACUUGAAACUUUUUAAUAAUACUAUAAGAAGUGUUUGGAUUAUUACUUUGAUUCGUCUAAACAGUAUUUACUUUAAAAAAAGUAAAAGCCGAUAACUUUGUAUUAUAAAAAUGUAGCAGGCUGUGUACUGUACUAAACACACCAACAUAAGUGUUAAAAUAUUCUAUGUGCAUAUGUUUGUUGGCUACUACAGUGUUCAUACUCCUAAUUGGGCUAACUCUUGGUAAAUACAAAAAUAUUAAAUGUAUACAAUUCUUUAAAACUUGUGCAUACAACAUGGCUAAAUGCUUCAAAAACUUGAGUGCCCUCAUAUCUUCUACUGGCUAAUUAAACCAUUCCUAUAGAUUGUUUAGAGUCAGAGGUAGCAAGCACUGAAACUUAGUUUAUGGUUUCCUUGGUGGCCAUAUUGUAAAGAGACCUGCAAACACUUCUGUCAAUGUUCAUUAUUGAUUUGUCAAAACUAUUGUAUUCCUACACUGAAUGUAGACAAAGGAAUUCCAUGCCAAAUAAACUUCUGUUUUGCUAAACAAGA